AUGACGCUCUUCCUGCACGAGAAGCACGAGCUAUUACACCUAGUUGUAAACAGCAUACGGAAGGACCUCCUCGACCACAACGAGCUCUUCAACUGCUUAGCUUUACACGCGAUUGCGAAUGUAGGAGGCCGUGAGAUGGGAGAAGCUCUGAGUGCAGAGGUUCACAGACUUCUGAUUUCGCCGACUUCGAAGGCGUUCGUGAAGAAGAAGGCAGCCCUUACCCUCCUACGUCUAUACCGCAAGCACCCGGAUAUAAUCCAACCGCAAUGGGCAGAACGGAUAAUUUCCCUUAUGGAUGAUCUCGAUCUCGGAGUGGCCCUCUCAGUCACGUCACUCGUCAUGGCCGUCGCGCAGGAUAACUCGGAGCAGUAUAAGGGUGCCUACGUUAAAGCUGCGUCACGGAUGAAGCGAAUAUUGAUCGAUGGGGAUUAUACUGCUGACUACUUAUACUACAAAGUUCCAUGCCCUUGGAUACAAGUCAAACUACUACGGUUACUGCAAUAUUUCCCGCCCUCAGAGGAUAGCCAUGUUCGAGAAAUGAUUCGAGAGUCGCUACAGAAGAUCCUGAAUCUAGCAAUGGAGACGAAUAAGAACGUCCAACAAAACAAUGCUCAGAAUGCUGUGUUGUUCGAGGCUAUUAACCUCAUCAUCCAUCUAGACACGGAGCAUGCGUUAAUGAAGCAGAUAUCUACCCGCCUGGGCCGUUUCAUUACGUCUAGGGAGACAAAUGUGCGGUACCUGGGACUGGAAGCCAUGACGCAUUUGGCGGCUCGAGCUGAGAAUCUCGAUCCUAUCAAGCAGCACCAAGAAGUGAUCCUCGGAUCUCUUAAGGACCGCGAUAUUAGCGUCCGCAGAAAGGGUCUCGAUUUGCUAUAUAGUAUGUGCGAUUCGACCAAUUCUGUGCCGAUAGUAUCGGAAUUACUUCACUAUCUACAGAACGCCGACUUUGCGAUCCGAGAAGAGAUGGCUUUGAAGAUUGCAAUCUUGACGGAGAAAUAUGCUACCGACAUCCAAUGGUAUAUUAACGUCUCUCUUCGCCUGGUAGCCAUCGCAGGUGACCAUCUCAGCGACGAGGUCUGGCAGCGAGUGAUCCAGAUUGUGACGAACAAUGAGGAGCUACAAGUCUAUGCGGCGCAUAAUACGUUACAGCAUGUCAAGCAAGACCACUGCCACGAGACUUUAGUGAAAAUUGGAGCCUAUAUCCUCGGAGAGUUUGGCCACUUGAUUGCAGAAGAGGCUGGCUGUAGUCCCAUCGAACAAUUUAUGGCCUUGUCGAGAAAGCUACCUGCUUGUUCCUCGAGUACCCGCGCCAUGAUUCUCUCUUCGUUCGUCAAAUUUGUCAAUUUGUUCCCUGAGAUCAAGCCGCAACUACUGCACGUCUUCGAGCUAUAUAGCCAUACAUUAGACCCGGAGUUGCAACAACGAGCUUUUGAGUACUUAACUCUUGCGAGCCUUCCGACAGACGACUUACUUCGAACGGUCUGCGAUGAAAUGCCGCCAUUCCCCGAGCGACAGUCUGCACUCUUGUCAAGACUCCACCAGAAGCACGCUGGUACUAGUGAUAAGCGAACCUGGGUGGUUGGCGGCAAGGAUGCAAACAGCGAUGCCGUGGAGUUGAAUAUGGCCAAGAACCCUGGUCUUAGGAGGACUUUCAGUUCUAACGGCCCAGUGAAUGGUAACGGCUCAGCUAAUGGCGCGGCAAACGGUUCCAAUGGCCAUUCUAACGAUCUUGCUGGUCUUGACAUGAACGCGGGGCCUGUUCCCGAGAAGCUGCUUAAGGUGCCAAACUUGGCCAGCGCCGCGCAUCUGUCACCAGGCUGGGAAUCGGGAUACAAUAAGUUGCUGCUUAAAGCUGACGGUGUACUCUUCGAAGAUGGACAGCUUCAGGUUGGCAUCCGCUCCGAAUACAGAGGACAGAUGGCAUGUCUCAUCUUAUAUUUCACGAACAAGACUCCGGCUACUGUGAGCUCUUUUACAACAACGCUGGACUUGGACGAGAGCGAGAAAGAAAAUCUUACAUGGGAUGUUAAGUCUAUGCCUGAGAGUUCUAUCAUGCAAGGCGCGCAAUCACGAUUGAUCAUCAUGUUCGAGGCGAAGAAAGUGUUCACGAAGAGCCCUACUAUUAGGAUAAGUUACCUCGCGGGAGCCUUACAAGCCCUUACACUGAAGCUUCCGCUCACGGCCCAUAAGUUUAUGGAUCCUGCGGAUCUCAUAGCAGAUGACUUCUUUAAGAGAUGGAAGCAGAUCGGCGGUCCACCGCGCGAAGCCCAGCAAAUUAUCGGCCUUGCUCCUGGUAAAUCUAAGUCGCGAGAAAUAACGGAAGACUUCGUUCGCAAGACGAUCCAGGGGUUCCGCUGGGGUAUACUUAACAACGUUGACCCAAAUAGCAAGAACUUUGUCGGAGCCAGCGUGCUCCACACUGCUGAAGGAGGCAAGUUUGGCUGUCUAAUGAGACUGGAGCCAAAUUAUGCUUCACAGAUGGUUCGACUUACGGUCCGUGCUACGGAUGAGAGUGUACCCCCUGUACUCCUGAAGCUGAUGGAGGAAAGGCUAUCAGUAGGAGUUUCUACAGCACCGGAAUUUCGCGAAGCACCAACGCGUCAAGAGAUAUCGGAUACCUUUGCUAAUGUAAUGGUUCAAUAA